ACAGGUAUUGCAGGAAUAACUGAAGCAGUUAAGGAGAUUACAUUGGAAAGCAAGGACAGUAUAAAACUUCAAGUUCACGCAGCAAUAUGUGAGGAGGAGAAGAAGCUGCAUAUAUGGAAGAAUAUGAAGAAAGUGGAUUGUUGGAAACAGAUGAGGCUACCCUAGACACAAGGAAAAUAGUAGAAGCUUGUAAAACUAAAACUGAUGCUGGAGGUGAAGAUGCUAUUUUGCUAACAAGAACUUAUGACCUUUAUAUCACUUAUGAUAAAUAUUACCAGGCACCACAAUUAUGGUUGUUUGACUAUGAUGAGCAAAGUCAGCCUUUAACAGUUGAACACAUGUAUGAAGACAUCAGUCAAGAUCAUGUGAAGAAAACAGUGACCAUUGAAAAUCACCCUCAUCUCCUACCACCUCCUAUGUGUUCAGUUCAUCCAUGCAGGCAUGCUGAGGUGAUGAAGAAAAUCAUUGAGACUGUUGCAGAAGGAGGAGGAGAACUUGGUGUUCAUAUGUAUCUUCUAAUUUUCUUGAAGUUUGUACAAGCUGCCAUUCCAACAAUAGAAUAUGACUACACAAGACACUUCAAAAUGUAACAGAGAGAGCAUAGAAUCUGUCCUAAUUAUUAUUUCUGAUUUUUAAACAAUUAACCCAUAGAUGUGACCAUUGACCAUAUUCACCAAUAUGUACAAUUUCUCUAAUAAAGGGACUUAUAUGUUUAUGCAUUAAAUUUAAAAAGUUCCACUACCAGAAAA